GGCCCCCUCGGGCGCCCCCCUCCCGCCAGCCAAGGAGCUGGCGGUGACCCUGCGGGCCCGGCGGGGCCCGGCGCCCGAGAGCCGGGAGGAGGAGGAGGAGGAGGAAGGCAGGAGGCGGAACCGGGCCUCCUGGAUUGACCCGCCGGAGGAGAACUACUCCCCCCAGCUCUCCCAGGCCCAGGUGGAGAGCUGCAUGAAGAAGUACGAGGACACGUUCCAGGAUUACCAGGAGAUGUUCAUCCAGUUUGGCUACGUGGUUCUCUUCUCCUCCGCCUUCCCCCUGGCCGCCCUGUGCGCCCUCAUCAACAACAUCAUCGAGAUCCGCAGCGACGCCUUCAAGCUGUGCACCGGGCUGCAGCGCCCCUUCGGCCAGCGGGUGGAGAGCAUCGGGCAGUGGCAGAAAGUGAUGGAGGCCAUGGGCGUCCUGGCCAUCGUGGUGAACUGCUACCUGAUUGGUCAGUGCGGCCAGCUGCAGCGCCUCUUCCCAUGGCUCAGCCCAGAGGGGGCCAUCAUCUCCGUGGUGGUGCUGGAGCACUUUGCCCUGCUCCUGAAGUACCUCAUCCAAGUGGCCAUCCCGGACAUCCCGGCCUGGGUGGCGGAGGAGAUGGCGAAGCUGGAGUAUCAACGCAGGGAGGCCUUCAAGGUGAGUCCUGGUGGCGCGGCCGCAGCUCCAAAGCCCCCGCUGGGCGGGGCCUGCGGAGCUGGAGUAUCAACGCAGGGAGGCCUUCAAGCUCCAAUUUCUGCUAAAGGUCGCACAAUUCACUCCAAGAAUUCUAUUCUGAUCUUUGACAAGCUUCUAAGAUUUCAUAAAAAGUGUGUGCGAUACUAG